CGCCCCGCGUGCUCUGCGUGGUGACGUCACGGCGUGCCCCUGUACCGGAGCGCAGGAGACCCCGCAGCGAGCUGCCAACGCCCGGCGGAGCCUCUCAGGUUUUUAACAGAUCAGCACCAGUUAAAUCCAGUCCUUGUUGGCACUGAUACUCUGGUAGACUUCAGCUAUGCAGACGAUCAAGUGUGUGGUCGUGGGUGAUGGUGCUGUUGGUAAAACCUGUCUCCUAAUUUCUUACACAACAAAUAAAUUCCCCUCGGAAUAUGUACCCACGGUUUUUGAUAACUAUGCUGUAACAGUGAUGAUUGGAGGAGAGCCUUACACCCUAGGCCUCUUUGAUACUGCAGGUCAGGAAGACUAUGAUAGAUUACGACCCCUCAGCUAUCCACAGACAGAUGUAUUUCUGGUCUGUUUUUCAGUGGUGUCUCCUUCUUCAUUUGAAAAUGUGAAAGAAAAGUGGGUACCUGAAAUUACUCACCAUUGUCCAAAGACUCCUUUCCUGCUUGUUGGGACCCAAAUUGAUCUAAGAGAUGACCCCUCAACAAUUGAGAAACUUGCCAAGAACAAGCAGAAGCCCAUAACUCCAGAGACUGCUGAAAAACUGGCCCGGGACCUGAAGGCUGUCAAAUAUGUGGAAUGCUCUGCACUUACACAGAAAGGCCUAAAGAAUGUAUUUGACGAAGCGAUAUUGGCUGCCCUGGAGCCUCCGGAGCCGAAGAAGACUCGCAGGUGUGUGCUGCUAUGAACGUCCCUCCAGAGCCCCUUCUGCAGAGCUGGUGUUUGAUGUCAUACUAAAAGCAAUGUUUAAAUCAAACUAAAGAUACAAAUUCUAAAAUUUGUUUUCGCAAUAAUGACAAAUGCCCUGCACUCCCAUCUCCCCCACACGACCCCCUGUGUGAGAUGAGAAUGUUAGUGUUUAUUCCCCCAGUGCCCCCUCAAUUCAGUUAAACUAGUUAAUUUUGAGUAAUUGCCUAUUAUCAGAAAACACUGAUCAAUACUAGUUUUUUUUUUUUAUUUUGUUUACUGUUUCUAAUUUUUUUUGUUGUUGUUGAAAAUCCAGGCAUGCUUGUGAUGACUCUUUCUGUAACAGACUAAUUCUAGGCUGUUUUACUGAAGCCUUGUCCCUUACUCCGGUCUGGCAAGACCUGGUUCUGAUUUAAAGAACAUUCAAGGGCUGUUUUGCAGCCAGCCAGCAGCCUGAGUGUGAGCAGACUUCAGUACUAAAUACAAACCCAAGAAAGUAAGAUGUCCCAAGCUGGUGCUCCUCUGAGGAGGGGUGUAGAAAAAGUAUCCGCAUUUCUUCUGAAGUUGCCUUGUAUCUCUUUCCCUGGCUUUCCACUGUGCAGGUCAUAGAUUUCUACCCCAUCCUCUAAGUUAUAAAGCCUUAGGAAUAGGAGAAUAUUUUUCUCUGGAUGCACCAUAUGACUUGAAACUAGCUUGCCAGUCUCUUCCUUAAUCUUGACAUCAUAAGCUUUUGUCAUGUGAUGAAGAAAUAACUGCACCUUUUAUUAAAGCAUUCCCAGCUGAUUCAGAUGGCUUGUAACAAAUCCAUCCUCUGCCAACCCUUAAUUAUUGGAGAAAUGCUUACAAUGACCAGUAUGUGUGCUGCUGUUUGGACACUCUAAAAGCACCUGGUGUAUGUUGAGACAAGUUUUGGAGCUGGCCCUGGUGGUGCAUCUCUUGCUGGAUGGAUUGGCAUCCUUCAGGGAGGGGUGGAAGGUAGGCCUGUGUCAGUAGGAAGGAGCUGCAGGGAGGGGUGUCCAGUGUUCAGUUUGGCACCAUGUAGGAAGGAGUUAAGGGAAUCCCCUUUUUCUGCAUUUUGCUUCUAAGUAACCUGGAACCUGUAAGAUGGGCUCCAGCCCUCUGAGGAUGUGUGUGGGGUCUUUUGACUGCAGUCUUGUAGGGAUUUUACCAAAACUAUAUUUUGGCUUGGAAAUUCAAAGUUUUUUAAGACCUAGGGAAUCUUACCCCUUUUCCAAAACUCUGAUUUCCUGUAGACUCAUUAGUGUUGAACCAAUGCUUUUUCAUGUCUAAGUUCUUUGUAUAUGCAUUAUUUUCAGAUGUAUUAAACAUAAAAUACCUUCACAA